CACAUAACGUGACAAUAUCCAUAUCUGAAUACAUGGUGUCCUCCAUUCUGUUGCAUCCGCGGUACGAAAAACGAUACUACUACAAUGACAUCGCCUUGCUUAGACUAGAACAGCCUGUGCAAUUCAACGAUUACGUCAUGCCCGUGUGCUUGCCCACAAGGAAUUCGGCAUUUUUGAAGGACUCGGAUCUCGAAGGAAGGCGAGUUACUGUGAUGGGGUGGGGAGAUGACGAAUUUGGUGGACGUAGCAGUCACGUGUUGAGAGAAGCGACUUUUCCUGUUGUAUCACGAAAGUCGUGCAAUGCAUCCUAUGUGAGAGUCGCAUCCAACAGGUUUCCUCGAGGAAUAACCCAAGAAAUGUUGUGCGCCGGUUCGCCAAAAGGCGGAAUGGAUGCGUGUCAAGGUGAUUCCGGUGGACCUCUUCUUGCACUGGAAAACGGACGGUACACCCAAGUAGGGAUUGUUUCAUUUGGUUACAAAUGCGGAGACAAAGAAUUUCCUGGUGUGUACACAAAAGUUGCUUACUACGUGGGAUGGAUCACAGAGAACACGCAGCAACUACGUACCUAAAUUAUGUAUAGAAAAAGUGAUGCAAAAAUGAGCCAUAUCUAUACGUGACUCAUGCCAGUUCCUACCUGCGACACACACAACACAUGUUGUUGUCACUCUUGUUGCAAUGGACAAUGGCUAUCGUCACCGGUCAACAACGAUAUAGUUUCUGCUCCAGUUUAAGUCAUAGCGAAAAGCGACAGAUUGUCUGCUCCAGUUUAAGUCGUAGCGAAAAGCGACAGUUUUUCUGCUACAUUUUAUGCUA